CCGAAACGGAGUAUCGAUACCCGUCCGUAGCGCAGCCUUUGGCCGCUGGCCAUGUUCUCGCGCGUCGUCGCACGUGUAAGUGUGCGCUGUCGCCUUGUGAGUCAGCAAAACGGGAAGGGAGUCGACGAUAAUCUGUUGUCGCGGCUGUUACGAGCGAGCGAUACCGUCGGGAACGGUGGAACCCUGUGCGCGCGUUGCCGCAGCAGAACGAGUGAAGUUGCCAGCGAGCCGAGCGGAGCGAUGUCGGGCGACGAGAAGCCGUUUCGCCGUCUGCCGUCGUGCGUGCGUCCCUAUCACUACGAUAUUUCGCUGACGCCGAAUCUCACCACCUUCACCUUCGACGGCACGGAGAAUGUGUACCUCAAUGUGCAAAGUCCAACGGAUACCAUUGUAUUGAACUCCCUGGAAAUUAAUAUAAAAAGCGCGAUUUUUAACGGAAAUGACGGUAAGACCAUUACCGCCAAGAAUAUCGAGCUAUCGGCGUCGGAGGAAACAGCUACGUUGCUGUUUCCCGAGGCUCUGCCGUUUGGUAAAAGCGGAUACCUGAACAUAGAAUUCGUGGGCGAGAUCAAUGACAAGAUGAAGGGCUUUUACAGGAGCAAGUAUAGCGGGCUAGACGGUAAUUGCGCCGUAACCUAUUUGUGUCCUACGUCGGCGCGGAAGUUAUUUCCAUGCUGGGACGAACCGUCUCUCAAAGCAACCUUUGAUAUACGUCUCACAAUUCCAUCUCAAACAUCCCUCGUCGGAUUAUCAAACAUGCCUGUGAAAAACAAAAUUACGAAUGGCAACUACGAGACAUUGACUUUUGAAAGAACGCCUAUCAUGUCAACGUACUUAGUGGCCAUAGUGGUAGGCGAUUUCGAUUACAUCGAGGACAUGUCUAGUGAUGGUGUGAAAAUUCGAGUUUAUGUGCCGAAAUCCAAGAAAGAACAGGGUCAGUUUGCCCUGGAAGUAGCCACCAAGGUAUUGCCUUACUACAAGACUUACUUUGGUAUCGCGUAUCCCCUGCCGAAGAUCGAUCUUAUAGCGAUCGCCGAUUUUGCAUCCGGCGCUAUGGAAAAUUGGGGACUCGUCACGUAUCGCGAGACCUGUUUGCUCGUGGAUCCUCAGAACACGUCAACGGUGCGCAAACAGUGGAUUGCGUUGAUAAUAGCGCACGAGCUGGCACAUCAAUGGUUCGGCAAUCUCGUAACGAUGGAAUGGUGGACGCAUCUAUGGUUGAACGAGGGUUACGCGUCGUUCGUAGAAUUUCUUUGCGUCGCACAUCUGUUCCCAGAAUACGACAUGUGGACGCAAUUCGUGACGGACACGUAUAUCCGAGCAUUGGAACUGGAUGCUCUGAAGAACAGUCAUCCGAUUGAGGUGCCGGUCGGUCAUCCGUCGGAGAUCGACGAGAUCUUCGACGACAUAUCGUAUCACAAGGGUGCCUCUGUGAUCCGUAUGUUGCACGCGUACAUAGGUGACGACGAUUUUAGAAAGGGUAUGAAUCUAUAUUUGAAGAGACAUAGCUACGCCAAUGCGGAGACGGAGGAUCUCUGGGCCGCGUUGGAAGAAGUCAGUAACAAGGCUGUGCGUAGAGUGAUGUCAUCAUGGACCAAGAGACAGGGUUUCCCCGUUGUCAAGGUCGACUAUCGUCAAGAGGGCGACAAUAGGAUUCUGUCGUUGUCCCAAGAGAGAUUCCUGGCCGAUGGAUCGGUGGAUAACAAUGAGGAUAACGCGUGGCUCAUACCCGUAAGCGUGAGCUCUUCACAGGAUCCGAGCAAAACGGUAUUCGACGGCAUAUUAGACGCGAAAACCAAGGAAUUUGUGAUCCAGAACGUUCCCGAAGGCACAUGGCUGAAGGUCAAUCCUGGUACAGUCGGUUUCUAUCGCACUCGUUAUAGUCAGUCCGCUCUAUCGCUUUUGUUACCCGCGAUUAAGGACCACACGUUACCUCCUCUGGACAGAUUAGGCUUACUGGACGAUCUCUUCGCGAUGGUACAGGCGGGUUACGCAUCCACGGUGGAAGUGCUCGAAUUAAUGCAGGCGUUUCUGCACGAGGACAAUUAUACCGUUUGGUCUACUAUAGUGAAUAUUCUAAGUAAAAUCGGCAUUCUCAUUUCACACUUAGAUUUCGAAGAUUCUCUCAAAGCGUUCGGACGUAAUUUGUUCCGCGACGUUAACGCCAGAUUAGGCUGGGAUCCUAAGCCGAACGAAAGUCAUUUAAAUACGUUACUCAGGUGUCUCGUAUUAGGCCGUAUGGUAGCUUUAAAUGAUCAUGAUACUAUCGAAGAAGCGAAGAGAAGAUUCGAGCUGCACGUGAAUGGCACGACAACGCUCGCCGCCGAUGUGCGCACUCCAGUUUAUCGAGCUGUGCUCUCCGUGGGCGACGUCAAUACUUACGAGACUAUGAUAAAAUUAUACAGGGAGGCAGAUCUUCAAGAGGAGAAAGAGCGGAUACUGCGUGCGCUUGGAGCGAUCAAAGACGAAGACCUUUCUCAGUUGAGAAAGGUCCUGGACUUUGCCAUGAGCGAAGAGGUUCGUGCUCAAGACACAGUAUUCGCCAUUAUGUCCGUGACCCUGUCGUACAAGGGACGUCUCAUGGCGUGGAACUUCUUCAAGGAAAAAUGGAAGACCCUGCUGGAUCGUUACGAGGGCGGCUUCUUGAUGGCACGACUGGUGAAGUUCACCACGGAGAACUUUGUCACCGAAGAACAAGCCAAAGAUGUAGAGAACUUCUUUGAGGAACACCCGAUUCCGGGUACCGAGAGAACGGUGCAGCAGUGCGUGGAGUCCAUUAGAUUGAACGCCGCAUGGCUCAGCCGAGAAAAAGACUCCAUCAGAAAAUAUCUGACCACUCAGGUCUAGUAAAGACAGUUUCUUAUCUUGUCUCCGUUACCUUAAUAGGACAUUGGCAUCAUUCGGAAUUGCGUUUAAACCGAAUGGUUUUGUUACGCGAACAUCUUAUACUGCUUGAUUAUUGUGAAAGGACGUUAAUUAAGUACGGACUUGUCUCUCAUGUAUGAGAUAAUACAUAAAUAAUCCGAUACAAAUAUCACGUGUAUGCACGCUUAAAAACGCUAACUUGUUUAACGUUGACUAGGAAUUUCACUGGGUGCAAAAAAAUGGAAGAAAAUACAGUUUUGUAUACACCUAUUAUACCUCAUCGUCAAGUCAUCUUGACGUAAUCUUACAUUUUUUACAGUGUUCUUAUCGUUUAAUUCUGAUACCAUCAUUGGAUUCCGUUAUUUCGAGUCCAUCAUUCAUAGGGAAAAUUAAAUAUCUAGAGAGUAAUCACUUUGAUAUUUCUUUUUGCCGUAUGAGAUGUAAAUUGAAUAGUAUAUCAAAACUUUCUGUUUUUAGUAACCAAACUGCAACACGUCACUGCAGAAUCUAUUUAAGACAUUUAUACAUAGAUAUAACUUAGAAAAACCAGUUAGAAAGUUGAUUGCGUUUGUAUUGUUGUUUAUUCAUAUAUUACAUGAGCCAUUUGCAAGAUGUACGUCCUCGAUAUGUAGAUGAACUAGCAGUAUUCGUGUAAAAGAAUUACAUUCUAACAUCCUUUUUUUUUUUAAGAAAAGGAGCUACUAGUUCCGUUUGUCAAAAUAAAACGUAGGUUAAACUCUGACGAGUAACAGGAGAUUGUUUACGCAUUUUUACUUGUUUAACCGAUGUGACUUGACACUUGGAAUCGUAAUCUGCAAUUAAAAAAGAAAACGUGUAUCUCGAAAUUUAAAUUAGGUAACUACAUUAAAUAUUUCAAUGAAGUACUCUUAAAAAAUGUUAAACUUUGAUGCAAAGAUGUUUGCAAGAUUUUCAAAAAUUUUAAAAAUGUCUUUAAAAGAUUUCCAAACGUCGUAGAGACGCUUUAAGGAUUUUAAAUGUCCCUUGGACAUUUUUCAGAUAUUUUUUUGGAAUUGUUUAUUUGAGUUACUGUGUUAUCGUUAAUAACAAAAUACUCCUGUUCAAUUAUCAAUGAUAUUUCGUAACGAUAGCUUGAUAGAUCCAUACAAAAUUUAAUAUAUAGCCUCAUAAUGUGUACAAAUUAUAAUAUAGAUGUUGUUUAUUUCAGGUAUUAAUGUUAAAUGCAGCAUACGUACUAUAAUUAUCUCAAACAUUAACACAUAUAUAUCAUCUCCCAUAUAUUUGUAACAGAGAAAAAUAGUAGCUGAUGUGUUAACUUUUCUUCUCGAUACAAUUAAUCUAUUUAAGUCUUCAUAUCUGGAAUUUCCUGUUUUUCUACGUUUCCUAUCGUACAGUGAUUAUUUGCGGAUAUUAGUCUUGCAAUCGGUGGGCUACAAACUUAUCAAAGUUCUAAAAUUGUGUCGAGAACGUGUAGCUAUCACAAGGGGAAAUGAUAUGAGAGGCAUGUUUCGUAAACUCAAUCUAAAUUCAAUAGUAAGUAUUACUGUCAAAAAUAAAGUUGCUUCGAGGCGUAAUAACGAAAGUUGACGCUUCUCAUGCUUGAUAUCGCGACAUUUUCAUGUCGAUCGUCAUAGAACGCAGUCCCCUACCGCGUGUUUGAUGGUCGCACGUGCCGAGACAAGGAAGGAAGAUAGUCCCGGUAGUGUGAGUCACAGCCUUCAUUUCCAUUAUCAGCCGUGCUGUUCGCAAUCAUCAGCUGGCAGUUGCUGCCGAGUGUAGCCUACUACCCUCGCGUCGGAGGAGGGAUUUUCACCCUCCGAGCUACCUGUCUGUUAUAAGCGUCCGAAAUGGCUCAAAAUCAAUGAAGUAAGAAAAUACUUGUUUUGUAUAAUAUUUCUUGUUUGAUACACAUAACUAUUUAUAAUUUAAGUAUGAGAUGGAUAUUUUUUGAGAACUGAUUUACAGAUCCCGAUGCCGGAGAUCGAACAUUAAAUCCUUUUUUGUGAAGAUGGAAUAUAAAUACAAUUACGAAAACUUCGAGAUGAAAACUUUAUUGUUUUGUUUCUCUUUAACUCUACUAGACUCUACAUCGACAUAGCAAUACUGGUGGAAUAAUUCACUUCAAGUAUCGUAAUUUAUAGUUCUCCUUUUCUUAAAUUUUACAAAUCGAUAUUGAUACUCUUUAAGGAUGUUUUCUAUCUAGUGACACGAAUCAACACAAGCGUCGUUCUAUCUUUGUUACUCAUUGAAUAUCAAAAAAGGAUAGAAUGAUGCAUGUGUCAUUGAAUGGAAAGCUCCUUAAAUCUCGUAGAGUGAAACGUCAUUCUAAAAAAGUGAAAAUCGUUACCUGUACAAUUUUUCGAGUAAUUUGUCAUUUUAAUAAGAAGAAAAAGUCACUCCCAGAGUGAAAAUUGAGCCUGUGCAAUUUUUCGAGUGAUUUUUUACUCUAGGAAAUUUUAAAGAGUAUCCUUGGAACUUUUAAAUUAUCUCUAUGCGUUAUAUGGAGUAUCGUGUAUGAAAAUCGAAAGCAUGAAGGGUUAAUAUACUUGGACAUUUGAGUGCUCUCUUGGAGGAUCGUCCAAAUCCUCCGAGGAGUAAUAAAUGCACCCCCUCGCUAGCUCGCUCGAGUAGGGGAACUCGCGACGAAGAGCGGACGCGAGCGGCGACCGAGGAAGAGGGAGGGCAGGGAGAUAAGGGAGAAAGAGAGAAUGUGUCGAGGGAGCGUGGGGUCGGGAUCCCGUGGGUAUAACCCGGAUCGAGCGUUCCCAGGAACGCGCACGUGACCCGCGUCAGAAGACGAUCAAUACGGACUUUGCGAAACUCCUACACCCCACCGGAACGACGUGUCGCCCUUGUACAAUCCGCACACAUCCUUCGCCUUCCGACGAGACUGAUGGCGACGGCGAACGACCGUCACCCCUCCUCGCGCACGUGUGCGUAGAUUGUUGCGCGCACGUGCGCCUAUUUAACCCUCCCGUUUCCCCGCGCGCUCUCUCUUUCUCUACCCCUUGUGCCAUCCGGCUUCCGUUCCCGAUAUCGUCGAAUCUUUGCAGAUUUACGAUGUGGAAAGCACAUCCAACCAGGCCGGGAAACUCCUCUCUUAAUUCCAAACUUACUUUCGUAAAUAUAUAUAUUCACAAGAAUGUUUUUUAAUUCACGCAGAAUAAUAAAUGUGUUUACAUAUUAAAACUUUUAAUGAUAGUUAUGUAAUAUCGCGUUAUUUAAGUUGAUGUUCAAAACGCGUUUUUGUCGUUCAUUAGCAAGCAAGGACAAAGAAGCACGCUAACGUCUUCAUAAGUGCAUUUUUCAGAUAAAAGUAAUAAACGUAAUAAACAUCUUCAUUAUGGAUAAAAAAAAAUUUGUAGGAACGAACGUGCAAGUAUACGCAAGAUGUCUCGAAA